AUGCGUGCACAGAUUAUGUCAUUAACCAUGCAACUCAGCGAGCUUCAGACAAACCCCCCUAAAGUAGUUGAGCGGAAGUCCAACAAGAAAGUCAAGACUGUUGCUGACCCUGGCACUUUUGAGGGAGACCAAGCAAGAUUUGCUGAAUGUGACAGCAGUGCUGUCAAGACUCAAAGACCUGUGGUGGGUCAAUACACCCAAGUUAGACUCCAGGAGUGUUACACUGCAAAUCACUGGCCUACCUGGGACGAUCUCAAAGGGGAGAUUGAAAAAUAUUUCAAACCCCAAGCUGGGCGUGACUGGGCACAUCAACCAAUCCGCUCCUUCAAACAAGGAAACAUGAGGACAGAUGAUUUCUUAACCUGGAUUCUGGCCCUCUCCAUCUAA